AUGCUUCGAUUUCUAACAGUCUCCCAAGUUCAGCGACUUCAUGCGAGAUUUGUCGUCCCCAAUGCUGUUCCAGUCCAACCAAACAUGCUGGAGUCUGCAAUCCAUUCGCCGAUGAACAUGAAACACUACGCAAAGGAGGAAGAUGUUUUCCAGCUUGCUGCGAACCUUGCUGAGAAAAUAAUGCUAAACCAUGCCUUUCAAGACGGGAACAAACGCACCGCCUUACUGGCCGCCGAUAUGUUCUUGAAAAUCAACGGCUUCUAUCUUCAGAAGGUACCAUUCGCGGAGGAUCUACACAACAAGGCGCUAGCAAAUGCUCACGUCGCCGUGAGUCUUGCCAUUUCGUUCGCGAAGGCGUCUGCGGUCUCGAUAUCAAUCUGUUGCUUCGCGGGAAGUUUUCGUGUUCCUUGGGGCGGUUCAUGUCCCAUUCUCGGGUGUUGUCCGUAUACGGCGUAG